AUGGUAUCACAAAAAAGCAUGCUGUUCAGUGAGGAACAGCAGCUGUGCAUUGACAUAGCCAGCAAAGGCCAUAACCUGGCCAUUUUAGGACAGGCGGGCACAGACGAGAUAUCGAUGCUAAGUGCAAAUAUGCUGAGCCAGGUGGAAUUCAUAUGUAGAACUGUACGAGACAGUGGACGCUACUUCGGCGGACUGCAGGUGAUCGCCAGUGGCGACUUUUACCAGCUGCCUCCGGUUCCAAAUGUCCUGAACCAAGACCAGGGUUCUUUCGCCUUCCAAGGUCCAGUCUGGAAGGAAGUGUUUCCACAUAAGGUUAUUCUUAUGGAAGUUGUCCGGCAAAGUGAGCCUUUCCUUAUCCAGACAAUACAGCAGGCUGCUGCAGGGCACCUGACAGAUGAAAGUGUCGCCAUCAUCAAAAGUCUGGCCAGGCCUCUGCCAACACCAACAGCUGCUGAAAAGUCUGUCAAACUGUUUUCUCUUAACCAUCAGGUGGACAAAUACAACAGAGAUUGCCUGCAGGAACUGCCAGGGGAGCUGAAGGUGUAUGACAGUGAGGACAAUGGGGAGGAAAAGCAUUUAAAGACACUAAAGGCGCCAAAGACAUUGUGCCUGAAAGCCAAGUGCCCUGUGAUGUUGGUCAGAAAUUUUUCAGAUGAACUGGUGAAUGGGAGCAGGGGAAUUGUGGAAAAGUUUGAGGACAGUGCAGUGACAGUGAAAUUUGAAAAUCCCAGUAUGACCGUCCGAUUGACGAGAACGAAAUUUUCAGGUUUAAAUAUACUUAUUGAAUACCAAAAUAGUUCGGAGUUAACAAAAGCCACCUUGCUUUUUUUAGUGUAUGACCCUGUGCAGAAGGUGGACAUAGCCUCCAGACUCCAGCUGCCUUUAGUUCCGUGCUACGCCAUAACAAUCCAUAAAGCCCAGGGAAUGACACUUGACAGAGUCGAGAUCGACUGUCGAGGUAUUUUCAAGUCUGGACAGCUUGGUGUUGCCCUGGGACGUGUGAAAUCAUCUGAGGGUCUCCGUGUUGUAAAUUUUGCAAGGAGACAUGUACCACCACAACCUGCCUGUCUAGAUGAGUUUUAUGCAGUGGAGUCGCAGAAUUUUGUGGAGAACCGAACAUGCUGCAGAGACAAAGAGUAA